AUGCGGCUGCCGGUGGAGUUCAAACUGCGCGAACUGCCGCACUUUUACGAACACCUGCGGGACUCGACGUGGUCGCUGCAAAAUGUCGGCGAGGGCCGCGAGCGGGAGUUGCUGCAGCGCUUCCCACACGUCGCCCGCGUCUUUGCGGGCCUCACGAAGUGCUGUCAAGAUGUGAUUGUGGAUAUCUGCAGCCGCAUGGCGAACGGCAUGUGUGAGUUCCUCACUGCCCGCGUGGUGACAAGAGCGGAUUACGAUUUGUAUUGUCAUUACGUUGCCGGUCUUGUUGGCCACGGACUGACGCGAUUAUUUGUGGCCUGCGGCUUUGAGGAUACACGGCUGUUGGAGGAUUUGUCUAUUCCCAAUCACAUGGGACUCUUUCUGCAGAAGACGAACAUCAUUCGCGACUUUUACGAAGAUAUCUGUGAAGAUCCACCACGGAUCUUUUGGCCACGCGAGAUAUGGGGACAAUACACAGAUGAUUUAAAUAACUUUAAAGGGGAGGCACAAUUGCAAUUGCAUGAAGAAAAGGCACGUGAGUGUUUAAAUGCAAUGGUGGCAGAUGCCCUUGUGCAUGUCCCGCAUGUGAUUACAUAUAUGGCCUCCCUGCAGGAACCAUCUAUCUUUGCUUUCUGUGCAAUUCCGCAGGUGAUGGCCAUGGCAACACUCGCGGCAGUGUUUAAUAACGCGGAGGUGUUUUACAGUAAAGUGAAGAUCUCCCGCGGGGCCACGUGCAGUAUUGUUGUGAAUGCCACCACUCUGCAGGCCGCACUGCGGAUGAUGCAAACAUACAUCCAACAACUCGCAGACCGCGUGGGCCCUCAAGAUGUGUGUUAUGAUGAAAUCACAGAACGUGUGCGGGAGGCCGUACGUGCGAUAGAAGUACAUUUGCCGCCGGAGGACGAUGGCGUAACUCGAUCACUGCUCACACGAUACCCCGCCCUCGGUGGACGACUGCUCUACUCAUUGGUAGACAAUAUCGUGGGUUAUCUUGGGAAGUAG